CCUAUUGACACUGCGUAAAAAGUGUUGUUUCGCUGUUACACGUAGUUCUAUGUAGUUUUGGAAAAAUGUCGCGAAUUAUCAUCAAGAAUAUACCAAACGGGUUCGACGAGGCAAAACUCCGCAAUCUUUUCAGCACAUGCGGUAUCGUCACCGACGUGCAGCUGAAGUACACACCGGAGGGCAAAUUUCGUAACUUUGGUUUCAUCGGGUACGAGAAUGAAGACCAGGCGACCAAAGCGAUCAAACACUUCAACAACACCUUCAUCCGGACGUCCAAAAUCUCCGUCGAACCGUGUGUUGCGUUGAGCGAAACGAAGAACCUGAAAGUGUGGAGCAAACACUCCAAGCAGCAAGCAGAAAAAGUGAAAAACGAAGAGGAACCAGCCGAAGUACCGGAGAAAGAAAAGUCAAAACCGUUGACGGGAAAGGAUGUGCUCGGAAAGCACGAGAACGAUCCGUUGUUCCAGGAGUAUCUCGACGCACACAAACGUCCCGGCAAGGCCGUAUGGGACAAUCAGUUCCAGCAUGCCGAACCGGAAUCGCAACCGGCAGCAACGCAACGGAAGUCUUCCAGCGAAGACUCGGCCAUAGAAGCGGACGAGUUACCAGCGACCAAGUCGAAGAAGUCGAAGGACUCGAAGGAUAAGCCCAAAAAGGAUCUGAUUCCGCUGUUUGUUGCCAAAGUGCACAACAUACCGAUCAACACGAAGCGGCAGGAUUUGAUUCGAUUCUUCAAAACCACCAAACCAUACUCGGUGCGCAUCCCUCGGAACAACAAGGGUUUUGCGUAUGCAGGGUUCAAGACCGAGUCCGAGCUCAAAAAGGCACUUCUGAUGAAUAAAAGUUUCCUCGGUGGAAAUCAGGUAAAAAUUUACGAUUUCACCGCGCAAAAUGGAGAUGUCAGUCAGAUCAAGGAGAAACGAGACAAAGAAGCCAAAUGGGAGCGCCAGAAAAUGAACCAAUCCAGUGAAACCAUAUGUGAGUCGGGCAAACUGUUCUUCCGGAACCUAGCCUAUUCCGUAAAGGAGGAAGACAUACGAGAGCUGCUUGAAAAGUAUGGUCCUGUUGUGGAAAUCGAUGUCCCGAUCGAUAGCGUCACGCGGAGAGUGAAGGGGUUCGGCACAGCUACGUUCCUGAUGCCGGAACACGCCGUUGUGGCUUAUAAUGAGUUAAACGGCACGUUUCUGCAAGGUCGGAUGUUUCAUCUUCUUCCCGCAAUGGUGAAGAACGAUGAAGAAGCGGAGGGUGAUGCGACCGACGGGAGCAACUUCAAAAAGAAGAAAGAACAGCUUUUGAAGAAAACGGCCCAAUCCAGCCACAACUGGAACACACUAUUCAUGGGCGAGAAUGCUGUAGCCGAGGCGGUGGCCCGAAAGUACGACACGACGAAGGAACAGGUUCUUAUCUCAGCAGACGGUACCGGCUCCACGAGUGCCGCGGUCCGGCUCGCCCUCGGCGAGACGGAGAUUGUGCUGGAGAUGCAAAAGUUUUUGGAGGAAAAUGGCAUACGGUUGGAUUCCUUCGAAGCGGGGAAUGGGAAACGAUCGAACACGGUGAUACUGGCCAAAAAUCUUGCCCCAGGCUGUACGGUACAGGAUUUGCGUCGACUUUUUGCCCCAUUUGGCAUUCUUGGACGUGUUGUGAUGCCACCGAGCGCAGUAACAGCUGUUAUUGAGUUUCUCGAUCCCAGUGAGGCGCGCAAAGCAUUUAAAAAGCUUGCAUAUACGGUCUUCCAAUCGUUGCCACUCUAUCUCGAAUGGGCUCCGGAGAACACGUUCAAAUCUGCCGCCACGCAAGACGAACUCAAGCGCCUCGAAGAAACACCCGCACCUUCGGAGCCUACUAAAACGAAGGCUGCUGCGGCGAUUGAAACCCCGGAGGACGAUACUGAACCGGAAGAGGGCACCACGCUGUUUAUCAAGAACCUUAGCUUCACCACCAACGAAGAUGCCAUCCGGGAGCGGUUCCGUAAUGUGGGCGCAAUCCAUUCGGUGCAGAUAGUUCGCAGCAAGGACCUCUCCGGUACGGGUCAAAACGAAAGCCGCGGGUAUGGGUUCGUCCAGUUCAAGCUUCGCAAAUCGGCCGACCACGCGCUGAAGAAUCUACAGUUCGCGCAAAUCGAUGGCCGCACGGUGGAACUGGCCCGGAGCGAUCGUACGCUCAAGUCGGCCCACGAAGCCCAGGAUGGACGAAAGUCAAAGAAGGCACAGAAACAGACUGGCAGCAAAAUUCUGGUGCGCAACAUACCGUUCCAGGCGAACGUGCGGGAAAUACGAGAUUUGUUCAAGGUGUUUGGAGACAUUCAAUCGCUGCGUCUUCCAAGGAAGAUGGCUGCCGGUGCAGAUGAAAGCCACCGUGGUUUCUGCUUUGUCGAAUUCGUCCAAGAACCGGAUGCGAAGCGAGCAUUCGAUACGCUCAGCCGCAGUACGCAUCUCUACGGUCGUCGGUUGGUGCUGGAAUGGGCCGCACCGGAAGACGGUGUGGACGAACUGCGGAAACGGACGGCCGAACAGUUCGAAGCUUCUUCCUCCAAGCGACCCAACAAUCGGAAGGGUGCUCUUAUUAAGGAAGAUUUUUUUACCGCUCGAAAGACCAACAACGGGGAUGAUGAUUAUUUGGAAGAUGAGGGUGGUGCCUUUUGAGAUCUAGGAAAUAUAAGCUAAAAAGUUGUAUCACAUCUAAAUGGUACGUCGGAAACAAAACUAAAUAGUAACCGAAAAUAAAAAAUAUCACUAUC